AUGGACUCUUGCCAAGAAAUUUUCAACGCUAAAGCUAUCUCUUCUGUUCCUCAGGACAAUCAUGCCAGUGAGGACAACAACACCCCCGUCAACCAAGAACUUGAUUAUAUGGGUGGACCUAACCCUAUCUACUACUGCGUCAUUGCUUAA